UGUUAGGCUGAUUUUCAACGGCUAUCCACACAGGUGCGCCUGGAUAUUUGUGCGUAAUUUGCGGACGGCAUGAGAUGCGUGUUUACUAUGUGAAUGCAUGUUGUUUGGCGUAACAGGCAGAAAUGCACGUCCGCGGCUCUGCGACUCACAUUGAAAACCGUGCAAUUGGGCAUGCAUUCACUUUAACAGAGGACCAACAAGCUGGUGUAGUGUGUUAACAGAUCCACGGGGAUAAAACAGAACGACGUCUCGGUUGUUGUUGUUUUUUUUGCGAUAACACUGGAUCACUGGAGCUGCAGGAGGUCGGUUUGAAGGAAGAUUUCAGUUUUAAGGAUAAGGAAAAACGUACAAAUCACAGAUGUGAAAAGGCAGGUGCGUUUCGAGAUUUGCACCUCGUUUUUUUUUUUUUGUCUUUUUUUGUCUUUUGCAAUCUGAUUUUCGGCCGGGAGCCUGUGAAAUGCAGCCUCUACCUGACAGAUGUGUGGCACCACAACUGCAGCCUACAGAGAGCAUCUCCUGUCUGCCUGCUGCUGAUCUGCUGUGGUCUGCUGUGGAGGACUGAGACAGCUGCAAAUCUCAUCAUCACCAUCAACGUCUGCCACUUCAAACACGACGAGACACAGGAGGACAGAGGCUGCUUCUGGCUGAUCAAAGAGCCAGCAGUCACAAAGCACCUGUAGACGAUGACUCCAGCAGAGCUGCUGGCGUGAAAAAAAAAAAGCAGCAUGAGAUAAUCGAGGAGUAGCCUACCAUCCUAAUCGCCGGUUCGAGCUUUUUUUCUGUUUUGGCGAUGAUGAAACUGUUCCAGUGUGUCAGCUGACUGACAGUGGUUGCAGUGCUGUUCUAGCCAGCAGCUAAAGCGCAGACAACACAAAGGAGAUGGCCCGUCCAGGAUCAGGGUUGCUGGUGCCCGUCAACGGGCUGGGGUACCCACCUCAGAACCUGGCCAGGGUGGUGGUCUGGGAGUGGCUGAACGAGCAUGGGCGCUGGAGGCCCUACAGUGCAGCGGUGUGCCACCAUAUUGAGAAUGUACUGAAGGGGGAUGCCCGGGGAACUGUAGUUCUGGGCCAGGUGGACGGCCAACUUUCUCCUUACGUCAUCGACCUGCAGUCCAUGCACCAGUUCCGACAGGACACAGGCACCAUGAGACCAGUGCAGAGGAACUUCUACGAGCCGUCAUCUGCCCCGGGGAAAGGCGUGGUGUGGGAGUGGGAGAACGACAGCGGCUCGUGGACGCCGUAUGACAUGGAGAUCUGUGUGACCAUCCAGAACGCCUACGAGAAGCAGCACCCCUGGCUCGACCUGACCUCUCUGGGCUUCUGCUACCUCAUCGACUUUAACAGCAUGUGUCAGACCAACAGGCAGAGCCAGCGCAAGCGGCGCCUGCGGAGACGCAUGGACCUGGCCUACCCGCUCAUCAUGGGUUCCAUCCCCAAGUCGCAGUCGUGGCCCGUGGGAGCCAGCUCCGGCCAGCCUUGCUCCUGCCAGCAGUGCAUCCUGGUCAACAGCACGCGAGCCGCCUCCAAUGCUAUUCUGGCGUCCCAGCGGCGUAAGCUCUACGGAGGGACAGCAGGCAACCUGGGCACUACAGGGACUCUCGCUGUAGUGCGGCAGAGCAACACCUUUGCUGGAACUUCGCUCUGGUCUCCCACAUCCGCCUCCUCCGGCCCCAACAAUAUUAACAUAAGUAUGGGAGGUGGGCAAGCCAAAGCUGAACAGAUGCAGUUGCCACUGUCCGCUGCCAACUUCCCCUGUUCCCCCGUGAUGCCAUCUCUUUCAUCCACCCAUGGCCACCACGCUCUCAUCAUCAACGGACAGAACAACCUGAACAGGCCGGGCACCCAGCGCAUUUCCAUGGGCACUGCCAGAGGAGCCAUCCCACCAGGGGUUCCUGCCCUCCCAGUAAAGAACCUGACUGGAUCUGGACCAGUUCACCCAGCACUAGCAGGCAUGACAGGUAUCCUGAUGUGCGCUGCAGGUCUGCCGGUUUGCCUGACACGGGCCCCCAAGCCCAUACUGCACCCACCACCCAUCAACAAGAGCGACAUGAAGCCUGUGCCAGGGAUCAACGGCAUGCGCCGCAAAACCAAGAAAAAGCACCUGAGGAGAGGCAAGAACCCAGAGGAUGUGGUGCGACGAUACACAGAGAAGAUUAAAGUGGCGCCUGAUGAGGACUGUACCAUCUGCAUGGAGAGGCUGGUCAUGUCAUCCGGCUAUGAAGGCGUCCUGCAGCACAAAGGCAUAAAGCCAGAGCUGGUGGGCAAACUUGGCAAGUGUGGGCACAUGUACCAUCUGCUGUGCCUGGUGGCCAUGUACAACAAUGGCAAUAAGGAUGGCAGUCUUCAGUGUCCAACAUGCAAAACCAUCUAUGGGGAGAAAACAGGCACCCAGCCUCCUGGGAAGAUGGAGUACCAUGUCAUCCCCCACUGCCUGCCCGGCUACCCAGACUCAAAAACCAUCCGCAUUGUCUACGACAUUCCUGCCGGUAUCCAGACCAAUGAGCACCCCAACCCCGGGAAGAAGUUCAGUGCAAGAGGGUUCCCUCGACACUGCUACCUCCCUGACAACGAGAAAGGCAGGAAGGUCCUGAAGCUGCUGAUCAUGGCCUGGGACCGACGCCUCAUCUUCACCAUCGGCACGUCCAGCACCACAGGCGAGUCGGACACGGUGGUGUGGAACGAGAUCCACCACAAGACAGAAUUUGGCUCCAACCUGACCGGCCACGGCUACCCCGACCCUAACUACCUGGACAACGUCCUGACAGAGCUGUCGGCCCAGGGGGUCGGCGAGGACAACCUGAAGGACUGAUGGCCGGCUGAGCUGGCACACCAGAACACAACCCACCAUGCCCCGCCGUCUCCCAGAGUACAGGACACUGCAUGACGGGCCAACAAGCAGCCAAUAUCUCUUUACUCCCCGCCAACGAAAUCACCCUGCAGAAGUGGUGGCACAAGAGCAACAGAAGCAAAAUAAAUGACGUGGUUAUGGUCAAUAUUUUGAUUUGUAUAACCUAAGAUUCCCCCCCCCCAUCUGCUGUCUUUUGAUCCAGCCUGUGAGCUUGUUGUGUUCAUGCCAAAUUUUCUCAGAGGGUUGAAGAAUGUAAAGGUAAGAUUUCUGUCCUGGUAAAUGGUAUUUCACCCAUUUUUAGAUUCAAGCUGAAGCUGUUCCUCUGCACUUGAUGAGGGGCCAAAAGAAAUAUUUGUAAAUGUUGAACUCCGGAAUGCAUGGCCCAGACUAAUGCUGCAUAAUGAAGGUCGGGCGAUUCCCUGCAAUCGGGUGAGGUGUCGAUAUCAGUUGUUGCUUCAUUUUGUGUAGAGAAAUUGAAGAGAAUUUCAGCAUUUUGAACGAAUCCAGAUGAAUUGAUUAUCUGCAUCCCCCCUUUUUUCCUCUAAUAAUUAAAUAUUGUCCUGUAACAAGUGGUGAAACUUGGUUUUGUGAUUUAAAGGAUUUUUUUGGUGAUGUGACUGUAGAGUUGUCCAAACAUCUCUGACAUUUUACACUUCUGAUACCUUGGGUCAGUUUGUUUUCUAAAAUGGAAGUGUGUUCUGCAGUGCAUGAAGUAGAUUCCAGGAAGAUAAAAAGCUAUGAAACUUUAGUGUUUGGUAAUAAACGUAUGUUGUAUGGUUAACCUUGUGGACUGUCUAUGAGAGGAGACGUGAAAUAGAUGAAACAAGCAUCUUACCAGUCAGUCUGAUGCUUGUUACGAGGUGUUGGAACUUGACAGGCUGAGGUUGUGAAGCGGGAUUUGCUACACUCCAAGGUUAAACUCAUUUGUUUUGUUGACACACUGAUGUCGCUGACCUUUGUGAAUAUAAAGCCGGCAUUAUUUGUCUCCCUGUUGGAGGCAAACCCAGGCAUCGGCACAAUCCAUCACGCUGACCAUACAUGAGGGCGGAGUGUGUGAUUUAGUACUCUGGGGCAAUAAUAUGCCGUCUUGAGGUCCUUGAGGAGAAUAGCUGAACACACUUGGACACAAAUGGAUAUUGUUCUUUCAAACACCAACAGUUCUCCCUUGGAGAUCCAUCUUGGGCUCCUGCUAGCCUCUUGUGUGCUUGUUUGCUUCUGGGCAGAGCAUAGGGCUCCACUGCUAAAACAUCUUAUUCCCUGCGUGAGCUCACUCAGAGUUGUUAAGGCAGAACCUGAUGUAUGGCCACGCCCCCACUUCCCUCCUCCUGCUCAGCAGCAGCCGAGCACUUCAUUCUAGGAACCACGCAAAUGUUGGUCUAGUAUGUAGUUCACUGGGAACGAUUUUUUUCCUACACUCUCCUCUUCCCCCCUCAGAUUGUAUGCCCCUGAGGUAAAGACUUUUUGAAAGUCCUUGGUGGACAUCUUGUGCUGUUUCUUUACUCUGAGAUAAAAGAUAACCCAGUGCUGCAUAAUUUUCCAUAAAUAUAUCUGAUCAAUUUUAAUGAGCGGGGGUGUUGAUUUAAGGUUUGUCAUGAGGGCACCCAGUUGUGAGCUUCAUUUUGGAGUGAAUCAUAGUCUUCCAUAGCACUUUGAGGCAACAGUUUUGUCGUUUUUAAUUUUUAGGAAAAUGUCUUAAAUUGCAACUAAAUCUGUCUUUUUUUUAAGUUGAUGUUUAUAAACCCGCUUGCGAUGCUUUGAAGAAUAUAUAUGAUAUACAUUUGCAGGUGUGAUAUACCUUUAAAUUCAAGCUCAAUUUGAGUCGAUGGUGUAAGUUUAAUUUAUUUUUAUACUCUUCUAUAUGAAAAAAUAUAAAAUGACCGACAUAUACAUAACUAUACACAGGCACAUGUUAACAUGAAUACAUAAAAUCUGGCAAAGAUGAAUUUGUCAGUAUGUCAGGGACUGUUGAAAUAUGUACGACAUGUUAUGGACGUCUUAUAUUACAAGUAGUCUUAGCGUAUGCUGCUGUCGUUACCUUAAUGUAGAAUCUCUGUAGUUGAUCCCCUGUGGGACUCCAAUAAAUACAGUAAAUGUGUCUUUAUUAUCGGUGGGGGAGCUUUAGCAGCAUGAAGAUGUCCAUUCCCCCCGAAUGGGCCAUUUCUCUUUUUCUACUUGUCCAGAACAUGGGAAUGGACGCAGUCAGCAAUCUUUGUUCCGUUUGAAGGUGAAAAUGGUGCGCCUGGGUUAAAUAGAAGCUACAAAUAGUUUGGUUAUACUUUACUUGAAGGUAUACACAUAAGAGUGACAUGACACUGUCAUGAACGUGUCAUGAACACUAUAAACGAGUCAUAAACGUUCAUGACAUAACGCUUCUCUCAUUAAGUUUCAACAAAGCUUUAAUUUAAAAACACUGGAUUAAAAAUAUCAAAUACAAGACAUUUUGGUGUUCAUCCAAACACCUUCAUCAGUUGUUUAGUGUGCACAGGAAGUAACUCUGGCCUUAAUACACAGGGCAGUCAUAUGAUCUCAUGGCAUGAAGUCACAUGACUGCUAAGAUGUAGUCCAUUUGUGUUUGCCAGAGAAGAUGGUAUCCCAGCAGCUUCAGGUGAUGCCCCUCCCCCUGCUCAAGAGGUGGAGCAGGAUGGUGUGUCUGUAAAGCGCCUGGGAAUGGUUUUCAGAACCAUGUUGUAGGCUGAAGACAAAUGAUGUCUCAGCCCACCGCCCCUAUUUAAAGAGGGUCGCUCCACUUUAACAAAUAUGGCCUCCUUGACACCUCUUUCAAACCACCUAUCCUCUCUGUCCAGGAUAUUAAGUGUCAUUUGAUUUUUGUCGUGACAAGUUAGGGUUAGGGUUCAUGUGUCAUGACAGUGUCAUGUGUUCAUGAUAGUGUCAUGUCACUCUUAUGUAGAUACCUUCAAGUAAAGUGUUACCAAUAGUUCUUAGUGUUUGUUUUAAGCUAACUGGAGCAACAGAUUGGUGGGACUGACCUCUGUCAGUGCAGUUGUCAAUCGAAGUGCAGUGAAUUACUACUAAAGGCCCUGAAAACCUAUUGUCAUCAGUCAUCUCCUAACAAUGUCUUAAGGCUCAUUUAUGCUCAACGAUAGUAUGUAUUUGUAUGGAGCCUUCUUUUUGUACUCUGCGCUUGCACAUACGGAAAAAAAACCCCGGAGGGAUACAGAAAUCAUGGGGCCAGUGUAGGCAGUAGUUCGAGCGAGACACGAUGAUAGGACACAACAAAGACAUUUUAAAAAUGGCGGGUUAGGGGGAGGUAGGCGAGUUAGAAAUUUUAAACUUACCGUAAUAUACUUACUCCGCCCGGGCACAGGGACAAUUUUGUUACUAUAGAACAGCAGGGAGGAAAUUAGACGGCAAUUAAAUGGGAGUUCGACGUAGCAGAGGAAAAGUGAAGGUCCAUGCAAGACCGAUUUGUUUGAGCUCCCUCUAGUGGAUGUAUUGUUUAACAUCCAUGGCCGCGUAAAGGACGCGUGGAAGUACGUGGGCAGCGACGGUUACAUUGUUUGAAAUGAACGUAUCUAUUUUCGUUUAGAGAGCAUAAAUGAGCCUUUACACAAACACACAAUACAAUUUCUCUCAUUCCAAUGAGAUUUUUGUAUUUGUGUUCAGACAUAAAGAAAAGUGUAUUUUCACCUAGUAUUAUUUCCGCGAAUUCAAAUGUAGAUGGUUUGUCCAGUCGUUGUUUAUUCGCCUCAACAACAGUGAUGGUAACGUACCAGUGUCUGAACCUAGCGAAGUACGUUGCUAGCUAGCCACAGGCGUCAGCUGCUCAUUGAGUGUUCAGCUAGGGACGUUAGCUUUAAAUGCUACUUAUUUAUUCACGAGUGGUUGAUGUUAUGAAAUAACACUUUUAAUUUUAAAGCAAGUUAUCAGCUAGGUUUAAAGUGUUUUCGUCUGUGUAAUCUGUGGUAAACUUCAAUUUACUGGCACAGGCACAGGCACAGGCUAAAGCAAACCACUAAAAGUAUUUGUAAGUGUGAUGUUUGACCCAGGUGUUGAAAACUGUUUUUGUUUGGCCUGUUCCAUCUCAAGUUUUCUCCUUCACAACCUUUUUGACUCCCUUUACAAUACGGGACAGCAAGAGAGAAUGCUUUCAACCUAUCAGGGAAUUUUUUCCAUGUUGAGUAAAGAUUCAUCAACCAGAGAAAUCCAAAUGUUUGCCUUUUUGACUUUUUUCUUUCCAUAUGUCGGCCUUGUACUAGGAACGAUUGCAGGCCCUUUAGACUUUUCAGGUGUGUACAGACUUAUAUGGGAAUGAUGAAUAAAACAUAGUUUGGUAUUUGUCUGAUUAAGAAAGAGAGAGAUGGUGUUUAUGCAAUUUUAAAGAUCUAAUACAUGACUUAUGUGUAGCAAGAAGGCACAUUUUGUUGUUUUAAAUGACAAUGGAUGUUUUCUUUAUGGGGUGCCUACCUCCAGGAUUCAAAGAGUCUCAAUCCGAAGAUGUUCACAUGCUAUGUAUUAGAAAACAUAUUUGUUGUCUUUUUUUGAAUGAUGAUUGUCUCUAAAAAAAACUAUUACAUAAAAUUGCUAUAUUACUCUUAUUAAGAUGCAUUCCAUAAUAUGUUCCAUUUGAUUAGAAGUGGGAUAACUGUACUGGGUGGAUAUAUUGUGUGUUUGUAUCUGUCUGUCUGUGCGAGUGGGUGUGAAUGUGUGCCGAGUGUGCGUCUAGUAAACAAAUCUUUAAAGAUACAGUAAUGUUCUCCGAGAGGUGCAUGUUAACCAAACUGUGAGGAAGUUAAUUGACGAUGCACAGCUUUUUGCGUAUGAAAACAUCAUAGCUUAUUUCGAGAUAUCACCCAGGUCUUCUGGUGGUUUAGCACUGUGGUUUAAUAUCUUACUCCAGUUAGUUAGAAAGGAUUUGAUUUCCUCUAUUGGGUUUGAUUUACACAGAUGGGGACGAGGCAGCGUUUGGCGGCUCUCCUCACUCUUUCGACAUGUAAAACAUCAGAAUGUUUCGCGUAUGAAGGGCCCAUAUUAAUGGACAUUUUCAAAUCAUGUUUUUGUGCUUUGAUUUCUCUUAAGCAGUGUAUACAUAUUGCUAUUUAAAAAGGUUCACAGAGAGAAACUGAGAUCAACUCAAAGGAAGAUAUAGAGAGACAGAUUAAACUAUAAAGGGCUUCUUAAUCUAUCGGUCUUUAUUGAAUUGUGAUGACCUUGUUGCAUGUUUGUGUGUUUAUUGUGGAAAAAUAAAUGUGCCCUGGACAGGGGUAGUUUGUUUCA